AUGAUUCCAGUGAAUGAGUUCCGAAAUAUUGCCUCGGAUCAGAACCCCCAGCUGAAGGUGCUGAAACCGUGGUGGGACGUGUUCUCUGAGUACCUGUGCAUAGCUAUGCUUAUGAUUGGUGUCUUCGGUUGCACUGUGCAGCUGACACAAGAAAAAAUAUCCUGCCUACCAAACCGCAUCUCUGGGCCCAAUAAGCAGGACACAGACUGCAGUCAUGUCAGGGAUCACAAAGAGAAUGACAGUUUGUGGGAGUAUGCUGUAACGAAGGCUCUCAGCCCACACAUCAUUGAAGUCUUUGGUCGUAAAAAUGGCCUAGACAUCCACCAGUACGUCUUUGUCAAUCAUUACUGCUAUGAGCGGGCAGUCCACUGGUAUGGAAAGUACUUCCCCUACCUGGUGGUUAUACAUACAAUGAUUUUCAUGGUGGUGAGCAACUUUUGGUUCAAGUUCCCUGGGACAUCAUCCAAAGUUGAGUUGUUUGUCUCUAUUCAGGGCAAGUGUUUUGACUCGCCUUGGACAACACGGGCAAUCAGCGAAGUUUCAGAGGAACGUAAAGAAGAACGAAUGGUCACUUGGAGGAGGAAUACCAUGACAAAGUCCUUGCCUGAAAGUCCUACUGGAGGAGAAGAAGAAACUGUUGCCCUUCUCCGGUCCUCCUCAGUCAAGUCCAACCCUGAGAAAAAGGCUCCAGAUCCCCAACCUCCAGACUCUGUCUUGGAUAAGAAAGAAGGAGAGCAAGCAAAGGCUCUGUUUGAGAAAGUGAGAAAGUUUCGCACCCAUGUAGAAGAAGGUGAUAUCCUCUACCUCAUGUAUGUGCUGCAGACAUCACUCAAAGUCUUCCAGUUUGCCUUAAUAAUAAUUUACAGCAUUGUACUUGUGCCAAAUAUUGAAAUUGUAGUAAGAUGCCCCGUGCCUCCAGACCUUACAGGUUUUGAUGUCUUCUGCUGCAACAAUAACAAAGCCCACCUCUUCUCUAAAUUGGCCUACUGUUACAUCUGCUUUGUUGGGGUAUAUGGAUUACUAUGCAUCUAUUCCCUCUACUGGCUUUUCCAUCGGCCACUGAAGGAGUAUUCCUUUGAGCAUGUGCGUCUGGAGACAGGCAUCAAUGAUAUCCCAGAUGUUAAAAAUGAUUUUUCAUUCCUGCUACAUCUUAGCGAUCAGUACGAUGCCCUCUAUGCCAAACGCUUCGCUGUCUUCCUCUCAGAGGUCAGCGAGAGCAGGCUGCGACAAGUGAACCUCAACCAUGAGUGGACUGUCAAGAAACUUCGAGCUCGCCUGACCAGGAAUGCCAGUGAGAGGCUGGAGCUUCACCUCAUGAUGCUUCCGGGACUGCCCGACACUGUCUUUGAGAUACCUGAGAUAGAGUCCCUCAAACUGGAGAUGAUUAACAACAUCACCAUUCCAGCCAUUUUAACUCAACUUACGGCCCUUCAGGAAAUCUCUCUCGUCCACUGUCCUGCCAAACUCCAACUUGUUGCCCUCAACCACUUGCGGGAGAACCUCAAAGUGCUUCGACUUACUUAUGAGGGUCCAGAGCAAAUUCCCAUGUGGAUGUACACCCUACAGAACCUGGAGGAGCUCCACUUGAGCGGGCCUCUCACUAAUGAACUCUCCCGUAGUACCACUUUGGAUACACUCAGGGAUCUUAAAAAUCUGCGCGUGUUAACCUUACGCUGUAAACUUAUCAAGAUUCCCCCCAGUGUGGUUGAUGUGGCAGGUCAGCUUCAGCGGCUAAUUAUACACAACGAAGGUGGGAAACUGCAAGUUUUCAGCAGCUUAAAGAAACUGUCCAAUUUGGCAACUCUUGAGCUCACAGCUUGCGAACUGGAACGUAUUCCUAGUGCUGUUUUCAGCCUCUCCAAUCUGCAAGAGCUAGACCUCCGAGAUAAUAAGCUAACAACUGUGGAGGAGAUCCUGAGUCUGCAACAUUGCCGCCGUCUUACUACCCUUAAACUGUGGCACAAUGCUAUCUCCUACAUCCCGGAACACAUCAGCAAACUCCGCUCUUUGGAGACACUGGACAUCAGCUGGAAUAAGAUCCGCAGGCUUCCCUCUCGCCUCUUUUACUGCACCAAGCUGCGCCAUCUAGACCUCUCACACAAUCAGCUCACUUUCCUGCCCGCUGAGGUGGGCAUCCUUCAGAGUCUACAGUACUUCUCUGCGGCUUUCAACUGCCUGGAGUCACUUCCUGACGAACUGUUCUCCUGCAAACGGCUAAGGAUUCUGGUGCUUGGCAAUAACAGCAUUCCAUAUCUGUCCCCUCGCGUGAGCAACUUAGCCCAACUGGUGCGGCUUGAGCUGAAAGGCAACCGACUGGAAUCCCUCCCCCCUGAAAUAGGAGAAUGUAGCCAGUUAAAACUGAGUGGACUUAUAGUGGAGGAGAGCAUCUUAGACCUUCUACCCUCUGACAUUAGACAUCGUAUGACAGAGAGUUAA